AUGCGUGAAUCCAUUAUCAAGGCAUGGCAUGCGUAUUUCAAGGUCCUAAAACAGGAAUUAGCAGGAGGCCAUUGGACUCUUGAUAACUGCUCGCUCAACAAUGCUUUCCUCAGAGAACUCGAGUUACUUCUACGCCCUCGCGAUGUUGAAUUUAAUCACAAGGAAAAUCAUAUAAGAUGCUUCCCACACGUUACCAACAUAUGUUCGAAUCACGUCAUUGAUGCAUUUACUGAUAUCACCCUGUUAAUUGGUAUCGACUGGGCGACAACUUACUACAAGAAAAUGGAUGAUUCGCCUGCCUACGUUAUUGCAAUGUUUCUCAAUCCCUCAAUACGAUUCGACGACACUGGGAGCCUAACUAUGUUGCCAGGGCCACCAUGCGAAAAUACCAUGACCGUCUUCAUGGACAAGUUCAACAACCUACACCCGGCGAUAAGCGAUAAAACUCAUCCGAUAUUGUACGCGAUGGCAUUAGAUUAUUUGCCCAUUCAAGCAUCCUCGGUUCCUUCCGAGCGCGUUUUUUCAUCCAGUGCCGAAACUGAUACAAAGCGGCGAAAUCGAAUCCACCCUGUUCUAAUGGAGGCGCUUCAAAUGUUGAAGUUUUCGCUCAAGCAGCAACGGCUAAACUUUAUGGAGGGAUGGGCUGUCACAGAAGACGAACUCGAGUACUACACAGAUGACAACGAAGAUUCAGUGGAUUUGUUAGGGAAGCUAACUUCAGAAAUUACGGAGGAUGGUAUAGAUAUUGAUGAGGUAAUUCACGUUAUUGGACAGGAUGACGAGGAUUGA